AUGCUGCCGCCGGCGACGCUGUUUGCGGUGGGGUUCCUGCUCUGCCCGUUCCCCGCCUUGGUGCCGUCCGGCCGUAACCUCACCGCGCUGCUGCCGGAGCUCUGCGACCUCCUCGGCUCCCUCUACACCCACGUCCGGGACGACCUCGUCCUGCUGCUCACCGUCGCGGUCACGGCGCCCCGCCACCGCCGACGGUGGCGCUCUUUGAGAUACCGAUGA